CGUGACGUCACGGAUCUUAUAACCAAACUGAUAACUACACUCGCUUGAACGGAUUGGUAAAUACCAACCCAAAAUGGUAAAUACCAUUUCCAUUUGGUUAUCCGCUUGAACUUGAUUUAGAAAGCAAUAAAGUUACGGAAGAUGUAAUCGGACUGACCAAGCUUUCAGAUUGUGGAACGCACUCGAUUGCGCUGUCAUCUGUCAGGAAUUUGAAGUGUAAAAAACAAUUAUAUUUGAAAGGUGAUAUUAGAGGUAUAUAAGUAGAGGUUAGGGAGGGGCGGUAUCAAACUAUCAAAUGUAUAUUCAAGUACUCUCUCAUUUGGUUAAGGGAAUUUUAUUUUGUUUGACCAAAUUCGGCUUAACAUUGUGACAAACAUGAAUAUAGACUUCAUCAAAUUAAUACCCAGUGCUUUAACUAUCACAUACGUUACGUAUGGCACCUGUUAUCUGAUUAAAGACAUAUUUUGUAGUAUAUUUCCAUUCAGUAUAUUGCUGACUGUAGCUUUGGUGGCUCUUAUACACUUUUUUAGAGUACCUCCUCCCGAUCCCCAAAUAGUGGAUGUUAUUUUAGGUAAGGAGCCACACGAAAAUGUUGAUGGAAAUGACUAUGUGUUGAAAACUGUUGCUCACAGAGGCGCCGGGUUGGAUGCCCCAGAAAAUACUCUUACUGCAUUUAAAAUGUGUGCGGAGAAAGGAUGUGAUUUUAUAGAAUUUGACAUUAAGCUCACUCAAGAUGGUGUUCCUGUUGUGUUCCAUGACUCCACCCUAGAAAGAAUCGCUGAUAUCGACAUGGAAAUAUGUAAAACACAAUGGGAAGACUUAAAAGUUAUCAACUUAUCUGUCAAACAUCCACUCAGAGAUAGGUAUGGCGUGACUAACAUACCCACAUUAGAACAGGCUGUAGAUCAGAUGCUAGUGUGUGGCCAGAGGAUGUUCAUAGAUAUUAAAGACAAUGAUACUAAGGUAGUAGGUGUCAUUCAUGACUUGUUUGUCAGAAAAGAGGAAUUGUAUUCAAGAGCUGUAGUGUCGUCAUUUUUCCCAAAUAUAAUUUAUUUGAUAAGGAGAGGAAAUCCAAAAAUAGUUUGUUCGCUAGCAUGGAGGCCCCAUUUCUUCGCGUACGAAUCCUACAAAUAUCCAGAAGGAAAAGGGUCUAAAAGGGCAACUGCUUGGCACAAACACAUCCUCAACGAGCUGAACGAUAUUGUAUAUGCUUGGUGCUUACCAAGAAUUACAUACUAUUUCUUGGGGUUAUCUGCCUUAUUAUUGCACAAAGAUGCUCUAUCAGGUGACAUUAUUCUGCAAUGGAAGAAGAAAGGUAUACGAGUGAUACCUUGGAGUGUGAACAGCCCAAUAGAGAAGCAACAUAUCGCACGCAACUUGAAAAUAUCGUAUUUAACAGAUACUCUGACGGGUGAAAACACGGUUCACUGUAACAGUAACGUUAACUGAUAUUUUUAGAACAUGGAUGCCAUGUUUUGGUUCAUUGGUCUAGCAUGCUUUUUAUGGAAUAUGAUACAGAAUGAUACAAAUUAUGGCACUGAUAUAGGGCAUAAUAUAAAUAUCACCAGUUUGGUCUACUCAAGCAUUUUUCCUUCAAAUCGAAAGUGUGUUUAUAAAACAAAACUACAAAUCCAAAUUAUUUCUAAAUAGUACACUUUCAACAUUUGUAACAUGCAAUAAACCUUCAGAGUAUGACUUAAACCUGUUGUAACAAUGAAAAUCAGUAAUUGCAAAAAUUGAUAUUCAUGCAGAAUAGUUGUACAGACAAAAUACAAACCAAACCCCAGUUUUGGUUGAUCAUACUGUAUGUUUAUAUGCAGUAAUAAAAUGCUUCAUUUGCCAUAAAAGACAAGCUAGUCUAGUGUAAUUCUCCAAUACGAAAAAUCACAAAAAUAUUCACAAAUAUUUCAUUUUUGGGAGCUGGCAAAAGUUUCAAAUUGAUAUUCAUGGUUCAUGUUGAAAAUGAUUUGUCUUGUCGUAAGUCAAUCAUCCUAUUUUCAUCCUCAGGAUGUAUUUUACCUUACUUAACCAGGUUUUCAAAGUUAGCACUGGCAGUAAGCAACUGUUGAAUUCUUACUUGUAGUAUACAAACUAAGCGCUUGUAGGUUUGCUACAUUAAAAAUCCUUGAAUGUUAUUGUUCUUGCCAAAGAAACACAGUAUUUUCAUAUAUUGGUUUAUCAGCAUUUUAUUUAUAUAUGGUUUACAAUUUUUGAACAUCAAUGUAUACCUAAUUUUUACAAAUAAAGUAUAUUCAAGCUGUAUGGGUCACUUGUUAUCUUUUACGACAAUAGAAAACAGGAUGGAUGUCUAAG